AUGUUGAUAUCCCGAAACAUGUUAUCCUUUAUAAGAAUGAUAAAAAAAGGAUAAUUUCGUACUUCAAAAACUUCUUUGAUCCAAUCAACGCUGAUCUAUCUGAACAAAUAACUGACGAUUUUAACUUGGAGUUUAAGAACCGAGAAGAAUUUGCCAAUUUUCUUUUAAAUCAAAUAGAAACUAAAGGAAAGAAAUUCUUAGAACAAUAUAAAAAAAUCCGAGAAAUAUAUGAUGAAUUUAUCAAAAAAGAUCGUAAAUUCAAACAAUUAUUAGAUAAGAAAGUUAAAAAUGAUCAUUUUUCCUUGUAA